AUGGUGGGCGGCAGCGAGGGCCCGGCGGCGCCGGACGCCGCCGGGCUGAAGCGGCGGCUGAGGAGCUCGCGGCUCUCGAUGCCGCUGUGGGCCGAGGCGGGAGCCGCUGCCGGCGACGCCGAGCAGGAAGGGCGGCGCGAGCGGAUGAGCAGCGCCCCGCAGAUGAAUGAGCUUUCCUUUGGAAGCCCUGACUCCUUGGUUCGGCCCCCCAUCAGGAGAGCACCCAAGCUGUCAGAUAGUCCUUCAGCUUCCUUCCUUCCAGAGCAAACAAAAAAGGAGAAGACAGAGAUUGAUGACAGCGAUGAACCUGAAAAACCAUUAGGGCAUCAGUCAGACACUGAUACACUGUUAAAAGAAAGCAGUGCUGACUUCAUUGAGAAAAAGAAAGAGCACCACUUGCCUACAUUACAAAACAGAAUUAAAUCUCAAGAUUUGCCCAGCRUAGGGAAGCAGCCACAGCAUUCAGCCAAAAGCACUGGUGGAUUGCAGAGUGGAUUUCACAAAGUCUGGCCUUUGUUACUGCUUAUUCCGUUAAUUAGUAUCCCGUUGUUUUGGGCCCUGUGGAGUGCAAUGCCCAGGUUUCUAGACACAGCUUUGUCAAGUAGAGAUAUUCAAAUUCUCCAAGCGUUUCGGGCCCAGAUGAAGAAAAUCAAAAAUACUUACCAAAGUCAGGAUCCCUAUUUAUGGAAGAGAACACACGUGUUCCUUGAGAAACACCUCAAUGCUUCCCAUCUUCAUUUGGAGCCGGCUGUUCUGCUGCUCACAGCUGGCCAAGAAGCUGAGAAGGCUCUAACGUGCCUAAGUAAUGAGAUUGCAGAUGCUUUGGCCUUCUCUCAGAAUGCUACCGCAAUCAAAAUUAACGGGGCAGACAAAGCUGUACUGGACAGCGAUGUUGUUAAGUUGGAGGUAGAUGAUGAGCUCAGCUCUGGAUUCAAAGGAGGCAAGAAGGUAGCAGUAGUGCAUCGAUUAGAGUUACUGCCUGCRGGCUCCACCUUAAUCUUUUACAAGUACUGUGACCAUGAAAAUGCGGCGUUUAAGGACGUGGCUCUUCUGCUGACAGUUCUCCUGGAUGAACAGUCUCUGAGAAAGAGCCUGAGCCUGCAAGAAGUUGAGGAGAAAGUACGAGAUUUCCUCUGGAGCAAGUUCACUACUUCAGAUGCUCCAAGUUCUUAUAAGAACAUGGACACAGAUAAACUGAGCGGACUUUGGAGCCGGAUAUCUCACCUUGUCUUGCCUGUUUGGCCUGAAAAGGGCCUCCCUGUGGAAGGAUGCGCGUAAGUUGUUGAAGGAGGGUCAGGAAACGAGGAGGACAGAAAACGUGUGUUGUAGUGGCUGAACGGGRCAGAGCUUCCUACAGCUGCUGAGCUCAGGCAACACAUAGCCCUCUCUAUACAAGAAAAUCUAUCCAACCAUCACUUUUGUUUCUGCUAAAGCAAUGGGGACUUUCUAAACUGCAUAAUGUGAGAAAGGAGCAUAGUUCUUGGUAAGUUGCAUUUGGUAACAUUUCCAGGCUGAGCACCUGGAGUUGAAAUAGGAGUMCCCUGCUGCAAAUGAUUCUUCUGCCUGAAAAGCCAUCUGACUUUGCCCUGAGGAUCUCUUCUAGUGGUGGUACAUGCCAGUAUUGAAUAUGACAAGGUAAUGGAGUGAAAAAGCUUGACUUCAUCUGACAGAGUUGGUUUCUUUGCUGUYUAGGACAUUUAAUGAAUUGAAAAUGAUGGUAAAGUAGUAGGAGUUCAAGCACAAGSUUUUUCUUGGCCAGCUGACCACAACAUAGCUGAUAGCUGUCUCUGGAGACUUUUAGAAAAGGCAAAAUUGCCCAAGAAAUCUGUGAUCUGUACAGAACCUUUCAGCAAGGACUUUUUUUUCCUUAAAUGAGCCUGUCCCAAGCAGUUUUGGAGACUGAGAAAAGCUGAAGUACAAAGGAUUGCCUGAUACCAGUAGUAGACAUUAGCCAAAUAAUCCCUCAGCGCCUCUGUCUUGUUGCUGCCAGGAAUUUUCUUUGU